GCUCUUUCUGUUAGAGAUUGUCAUCUUGCAGACUUGCAUCCCUUGCCUCCUCCUCCUCCAUACAGCACCUCUAGCUAGCUGAAACUACGAGUCUACAAUUUUGGAAUAAAAGAUCUAAAAUCUGCAUUUGUAAACCUUGGCAUGGAGAAUUCCUCCGACUCGUACAAUUCUUCCUCUUCCACCUCGAGCCAGUUCGCUGCGUACCAACAAUAUUUAGAAGAAAACAGACCCAAAACAACAACACCCUCAUUCUAUUCGUCCCUUCAUGCAGUCCGCAAACUUCCACUAAAACCAAUGAAGAAGCCAAUCGCACCUUUGCCACCAAUGAAGCCAAAAGUGUACAAGGUGGAUUCCGUGAACUUCAAGCAAGUCGUCCAAAGGCUUACUUCUGCACCUGAAUUCCAACCCAAUGUUUCACCAGCACCAGAAGCGCAAGAAGUGGUCGAAAAGGUCCCUACAGCACUGGCGUUACGUCCCAGACGUCUGGAAGAGGUGGCUCCUCCAGCACUUGACCUCUCAUCCACAGCAUCACCUCUUCGUUUCUCAUCAACUACUCAGUUGUCAGUGCCACCUGGGACUGCGGCUGGGAAUGAUCACAAUGCUGCAGGCCAAGGUCGCUGGGGAGGACAACAGUUUCUUCCUUCUCCCAACAACACUUCACAAAUUCCUGCCAACUUCAGUGAGUUGAUUGCCUCGGAAAGAAAGCACCACAAGUUUUCUGAAACUUGCGGAGCUCCGAGUCCACUCGGAUUUAGCUUCUCACCAUCUUCAAUGGCCUGGUGUUUGUCCCCGCUUCUGAGUCCGGGAACCCUUUCCUUUUUGGAUUAAAUUCAACACACUUCUUUAGUUCUUUCGACUACAUUAAUUACCAACAAUUGCCAGCCCAUGCGCCCUUAAUUUCUGCGUAACCUUUAGUCCUCUAUUUUUAGCAUUUCAAAUGUUUAUUGGUAAAUCACUUCAUUUAUUAUCAUUAUCAAUUUUUCUGAUUAAUGUGGGAUAUUUUGGUUGGGAACCUUUUCCUCUUUUCUUUUUUUUUUCGGUGGUGUAGGGGAUUGUAGUAGGGGGUUCUCUCUUUUUGCAACUCUCCGUAAGCUCCUAUGUAUGGUCCUAUGUAUUCCUGUAAUGAAUAAAUAAGAUUCACAAGGCGCAUCUUUUGCUCUGAUCAGAGA